UUCACUUCUCGGUUAUUCCAACAGAAACAUAGCGAUUGAACGAAACACUGCGAUACAAAUAUCGCAAAAAUGUCGACAAGUAGACCCAAAGCCAUGUCGACUGGAAAGGACUUCAUUCGAGCGUCCGCGGUCAGCGGAGACAGCCGAUCCGAUGGAAUGUCCCAUAGUGACUCCGACGACGAAUGGGAGCCCGGAAACGAGGACAAGCCGGCAUCUGAUGUCACCAUCUACAACGCCUACAACAUGGGACCAGCCUUCGGCAAGAAGUUCCCAUUGCCGUACAUUCGCCUGCUGGUGGCCCAAGUGGUCAGGGACAAGCUGGCCAACAAGAGCUACAAUCAGUCGGAAGCUCUUAAAUGGAGCCGCGAGGUCGCCGAUGAUAUCAACAUUAAGAUGAAGGGUCGCGGCUCUUCUCCGAGGUACAAGCACGUGGUGAACAUAAUGCUGUAUCAGCAGACCGGAGCCGGUUGUUUCUAUGGCGCUCGCGCCAUUUGGGAUGAGCUGUCUGAUAAUUACGUAACAUUCACCUACGACGGUGGCAGUUUUGUCUGCAUUGCUGCCGUUUUUGGUUGCUAUCAGUACUAAGUAGAAGGCAAAAGAAAUUGUUCAGUAUUGCGUUGGGUAUACAAUGGAAUAAAAUAGCAAUAGCAAAUUGCAAUUGAAAAUGA